AUGCCGCUGCCGCGAGUCCUGGUUGCAGCGACGCUUCUGGUGGUGUGCUGCAGCGGUGACCGACAGCAGCAGCAGCAGCAGCAGAGCGGAGGCUUCAGGCUGGGCCGCCGACAGGCCGACGACGAGGUGAUAGAGCAGCGCGAGGAGGUGGCGCGCGGCUCUCCGGACUGCGCGCUCAGCUACGUCCGCACCUACGUCGCCAGCAACGAGCACCUGGUGACGCGGCUGGACGUGGACGACCUGGGCCAGGGCGCCACGGCUGCCCUCGUCGCCGGCGGGCCCGCGCACACCUUCGUCAGCCUGUCCUUCGCCGUGGCGCGCCACGGCCGGAUGCGCUUCAACGUGACUCUCUACGGCAAGCUGCCGCCCUAUCGCAAGGUCGUCCGCUGA